AUGCAAAGUCCCAGUUAUUCUGCAGAAUGUCAACAAGCCAGUACAGCUUGUGAAGAAAAUACCGAUUGUGUACAUCGAUUAGCCGUACUUCAGUCUACUUGUGUAACAAAUACUUGUCAACCACAGUGUCGAAAUGCAGUACUAAAUUUAUAUCAAAAUCGUUUGGGGCGUUCACUUUUACGAACUGAUAUUUCGUGCAUUCCCGGUAGAUACGAAUUAGAAUUGUGUAAUUUGGUCCCGAAAAAAUUACCAAUUUAUUGUAAUUUAGCAAAAUUAGCCUGUGAAGCUGAUCUGAUGUGCAGUUCACGUUAUGGUAUAUUUACAUCAGAAUGUGAAAGUGAAGCAUCACAUGGUGAUUGCAGUUUAAGAUGCCGUGAACUUUUAAAUGAUACUUUAAAAACUCAACACGGUGCGGCAUUUAUUGAUUGUACUUGUACUGAUAAAGAUGAUAAACUUUGUCAACAUCUCAAAGAUGUCACACUAAAAUCAUGCAUGAUGAAUUUACAUACAACGAUGGCACCUGUAGAAAAUAAUUUUAUAUUCAAGGAUGUAACAACAAUCGAAUCAAAUACGAUAAAAGGUCAGGAUGAUGACACGGACAGUGGUCGAAUUGCUGCUUUAUCACAAUUUCUAUUGAUUGUUUUACUUUCUACUUUAUUAAUUUUUUGA